UUUUCAAUUGAGCAAUAAUACAAGCUUUAUUUGCUAUUAUUGCAAUGUAAUCAAAUUUUAAGUAGCUAGCCUACAGAUACAGGCUACGUUAUUGAAGAUAACUUUUCCACCUUAAGACUAAUUCACAUUUCAGACAUUCUCACCCAGUCAUGUAUAAAAUUGUGACAACUAGCCACGGUUACAUGCGCGCGCGUCCCUGUGGACCGAUGCUCAGCCAAUCGCACGCGAGCGCGUGAGGGAGUAUCGAGAGCGCGCGAGAGAGAUCUGCCAGACCAGCACGCGCUCCGGACCCUCAACGCAGGAAUCAGCUGUCUGCACACAUACACCGUCCUAAUAAAGUCAGAGGGAGUCCGAGGCUGUAUUUACUGCUGAUGAACAUGGAGCGAAACGCUGUGAAAACCAUCCCAUCAGAGUGCUGAGCUGUCACCCAGGCCUCGAAGAGAAGUUUUACUGGAGCCGCUCACUGUAACACAGCCUGUGAGCUUUAAUAUUCCUCACUGAUCUGCUCUUCUCGCGCCGUGCUGAAGAGGGUGGCGUUUCUUGUCACGUUCCAGCUGGAAAUAGCUGCUUUUUUCCUGUUUGAGCUUUCAGCGAUUAUCUCAGACACCUGAAUAUGAAGCUGCUUGUGCAAUUAGCCACAGAAGAGCGUGUCAAAGCAUGUCCAUAUAAACAGCAGUUCAGCUGAAGAUGUGGACGGGGCUGGAUGUAGUUUGUAGCUAGUUUCCUCUGAGAUUUGAGCUGUGAAUGGAGAUCCUGUUGCAUCAGUCUGAUUUUCUGAUUUCUUGUGAGUGUAAAAACAUGGGCUGAUUUCUGCAUUGAUCUGAACAUAAACAGCAGAAAGGCUUAUUGGAAAUGCAAGUUCAUUCUCUGCCAGCAGGUGUCGCUUUUGAAACGUCAGGAAUAUAGCGGUUUUCCUGGUGACGGCUGUAAACAAAGCAGCUGCAAACUUUAUCAGACAUUACAGGAGAAACAUAGGACUGAGAUCCUCCCUCAGCCUCAGAAACCGGACUCGUCUCAUCUCUGAACUGUGAAGAUGAGUGAAAACCCUCUGAUGAAGCACGAGCUGCAGUCUCUGGCUCCUGUCUCGGGCCCCGGGGCCUCGGCGGGGCUCCUGCUGGCUCCGGACAUAGAGCAGAUCACGGCUCUGUGUUUCGUGGGACUCCUGCUGCUGUUUUUGGUGUUUCUGCUGGUGCGCUGUUUCCGGAUUCUCCUGGACCCCUACAGCAGCAUGCCGUCCUCAUCCUGGUCUGAUCCUAAAGACGGUCUGGAGCGGGGACAGUUCGAUUACGCGCUGGUCUAGAAAUACAGCAGUCUCACAAAACCUGUCAAGAACAUAUUUAACCUCAGAAUCUAAAAGGUCAUAAAAAAAUAAAAAAUAAAAAUAUUAUAACAAUAACAUAGUUAUUUAAUACAUUAUUAUAUAUAAUUAUGUACAAUAUCAUAUUUUUUAUUUUAAUAUAAUAUUUUCAUUGUUUGCGUAAUAUUUCCAUCCCGAAAUAUUCACCAAUGGAAUGUGUAAAAUAAUAUUUUAUUAAUUAUUUAAUACAAUUAAAUAUAUUUAAUAUUAUUGUAGUUUAUUAUAUUUUAUUUUAAUAUUAUAUUUUUCAAAACUUUCCAUUAGUGGAAUGCACAAAAUAAUGUUUUUAUUAAAUGGUUAAAUAUCUAUUUGACAGUUAUGCCUUUAAUAAUAAUAAUAAUAAUAAAGAGAGAGAAAUGUAUUUGCUUAGCUAUACCAAAUGGACUACUGAAAAAUUGUGUUCAGUGUCUUUAUGCAAAAUCUUUGUGUGUGUGUGUGUGUGUGUGUGUGUGUGUUUGUGUGUGUGUGUGUCCUUAAGAUUUUGGGAUGAAAAUAUGACCUUGACUUGUUUUUGAGAUUUAAUCACAAAACUAGUAUCAGUGCAAUAUUGUUGAGAUUUAAGUAAAACCAGGUUUUCUUGUUUAUUUUAGUUCAAGCCACAUUCAUUUCAGUUCUGUUUACAAUCUUAAUUUCUACUUCAGUCAAUUAUGUGGAUGAAUCAGGCAUGUGUAUUUAUUAACAAACUUCCUUAUUUUUAUUGUAAAUUUCUAUUCGUCUUUAUACUGUGGAUGUGAACUGGUUGGAUGAUAUUUAUUAAUAUUAUUUUUAAAUGUUUUGCAUUGCAUUGUGUUAUGCGUUUGUCCACAGUUUUGUCAGUGAUAACUGGAGCAAGUGUGCCUUGAUUUAUUUUCGUACCAGAGACUCUAUUGUCUGUCUUUAUUGAUUUUGUUGUGAUGUUUACAGUCGGUUUGGGAUUAGUAGGUGCUUUUUUUAUAUUGAAAGGGCAAAACUAUACAAACAGGGAUUUCUCUGUAAAUGUUUCUUACUCUGGACUGGUUUUUAGCAAGGAAAUAUUUACCCAAU